UUUUGAAUUUUUAACCUUAAAACAGUUGGUUGUGUUUAUGUGAUUUCGUUGAAGUGCAGCAAUUAAUAAAUAUCAAUGGAUAGGAGUUUCAACAGUUCGGUUCUGGGUAAUCGGAGCCCGUUUUCGCCGCGCUCUCGCCAAACCCCGGCGAAGCGUUCUGCAGCCACACCGUUUCGAAAAUCCAGCCGGUUCAGUUUGUCUGGCCGAUCCACGCAAUCAGUACAGGUUGUCCUCAAAUCCCAAUCGAAUUGUGUCGAGAGAUUUGGACAACCAUUGCCAGUAUUGGUCACAGAGGCUUUGACUUUUGCUGACCGUAACACAGUUGUGUCCGCUAAGAUCUCUGCAGAUUGUGGCUAUGCCUGGUUGGUGUGCGGACGUCGUCUGCUCAUAUGGCAUUACAGACAGAACCAAAUGUUGCAAGGCACCCCGAGGCGAGGCGCUCUCACCAACCAAUGCUACGAACUGCAGUUGCCGCAAAGUGAUUUGGUGCAUAGGGCAGAAUUGGUGUCGGUAUUUCAGAACAGUGGAAACAAUAUGCCUGCUUGCAUUGCUGUUUCACCAGAAGGUGUCAUAAGGUUUUGGCCAACUAUUGCACAGGAAAGUGUCUCGAUUGAGCAAACUGUAGAUUUGCAAGGGCAGGAAUGUGAUAGUUUAACUGGAGCUGAUGGUUUGGGAUCUAUUUUAGCAACAACAACGUGCACUGUAGUUUUGGUCCAACCGCACUACACCUCUGGGCGUUAUGUGUUAAAUUGUCAUGUACUGAAGAUGCCUUCCGGUUGGUUGGGUGGAUUAAGUAAAAAGAUGUCUUCAUUGAUCUUCGGUCCGAAUAAUACAGAACAAUCUAGUGAAACGAGAUUAGUCCGUGUUUUGAACGAACGGAACUGCAUUUACGUCCUUGCAGGACACUCGCUGCAAAAAUGGCAAGUUGGAUCUGGAGACGCCGAACAUCUCGUCUACGUAACUGAUUUGUCCCGACAAGUUAAAGAUAGUUUCGUCAGUUCGUUAUGGGAGAAUUGCGGCGGAGACAACACCGAUGUAGAUACUUGGGUCCUGGAUUUGCAGGCCGAAGGAGAAUACAUCGUGCUGCUAGCAGCGGCCGUUAAUUUGCACGUCUCUCCUCAAGUCCACUAUGCCCUCAUCGCCAUCGAUGGUUCAUUGUCGCAGCCGCCAACACACUUCGGCAACUUCCAAAUUCUGAAAAUGAACGGAUUAUACAGGGAUGAUAAUCCUGCUGAUAGUUUGGGCUAUCGCUUCCUAAUCUCGUCCGGCAUCCAGUAUGUUUACAACCACAGGUCGGUGACAGUAUUUAAGCCGCAAGAAGAACCAGACAAUUUAGAAUUCAACACACCUAUGGACUUUCUAUUGGGUGGAUCCAUUUGCGUCAAUACUCCGGUCUUCUUUAGUAGAAAUCACGGAUUAGUAGCUAUCGUCAAUAAUGAAAAUACCAACGAUAUGAGUAUGAGCGUUAUGAGUCCUAGCACUCCGGUGGACACCUCUUUUAGCGAUGGUGGUAUGGAAAACUUGACCAUCUACAAUUUCAACCCGGAGGAAAUGUAUGCGGCUUACAAAGAUACCAAUGGACAAUUCACCGCCGCCUUCAUUUUCUACAUUAAAGGGCAACACUCUGCAUCUCAAGACAUAAUCAACAAGCUAUUCUCUGGAGCUAUAUCAGGACAAGACUCGCUAUUAGAUAAGGUAAUUGUCGAAGUUAGCCAAGAUUUGCUUAAUGAUAUCCCAGCGAACGAUCCGCGAUGGUUGGGCGAGAAUCAAGUUGGAUUGGGAAGUUCAUACGCGAUGCAAGUGUUACAACAACUCGAGGAUAAGCAAAAAGCGCAUAUACUGUUCAUAAAAUUCUUAAAAGAAUCUGGUUUGUGGAAGAAGAUGUCUUCAGUUACGAUUAGGCAUGGCGCUAUGGCUACAGCCUAUGUCCUAGGAGAACAUUCAGAAAAGAUUGUAGCGGCUGUCGCAAUGAAAACAAUUCCUUACGAAGGAAUUCUAAAGAAGGCCAUCGAAAAUGUCGCAAGAACAAUACCCAUCAAUUCGGAUAGCGGCUUGACCAGUCAAGAUGUUUUCUAUCGCCAAGUAACAAACAUCUACAAGGUUGCUCAAGAGGUGACCAACAUAUGCGACGAAGCCGCUCACUCCGACAUGAAUCCUAUAGAAGUCGCCAAAUUAUUAAACGAAGCCAACAGCGUACUACUAAAUUUCUUUAAAGAAGUUACGCAAUACCGUCAAAGUCACGCCGAUCAUUUCAGUACGGAAGAUUUCGUUUCUAAUCAGAAUCUGGAUUAUCUUCCUUGGACUUGUGCUACCGGCUCUGAAGGUCUUAUGGAUACUUUAAAUCUUCAGCAAAAUGUAACAUUAAAUUACGGCGUUAAAGUUACGACGGAUUACAACUUGAGGAACACACUAUACGAUCAACUUGUGUCCUUGAUCGAUUACAUUUUGGAUGGAAGGAAAAGUCAUAUUGAAAGUCUGAAAGGGACAAGCAGAGAAAAUAUUGUAAUUAAGCAAUACCAAACUGAUAGGAAGAAAUUGAUAGAUCCGUUAGUUCAAGAUAAUCAGUGGGAAGGAGCGGCGUUAUUGGCUGAAAAGUAUUUGGACUUUGAAAGCUUAGUGUUGAUAUGCGAUAAGACGGACAAUCAAAGCCGAUUGGAUGAAUAUAUGGAUCGAUUCGGAGAGGACGGUUUCUCCGAGUUUGUGUACUCUUGGUACUUGCAAGAGAAUAAGCAGGGCAAGCUGAUCGAUAUGUGCAAGAAAAAAGAAUUGACCAACAGAAAUUCGCAGCAGCUGAAGAAGUUCCUCAACCAGCAUCCAUCGCUGUCUUGGAUACAAAAUGCUUUUGACAGGAAGUUCGAUGAUGCUGCUGAUACUCUGGUUAAUCUAGCCGUUGUGGAGAACGAAUCUUUGACUCGUCAGAAGACGAUGCUCAGCAUGGCUAAAUUAGCUAAACUAGCGUCUGGACGGAAACAUGAUGAAACUUUAAUUGCAAUCAACGAAAAUCUGGAAUUGAUUAAUUAUCAAGAAGAAUUGCCCGAUUACGUGCUCCAGCAAUUCGGUUACGACACGAUCAGACCACGAGUGAUAUCGCCUAAAGAAAUGAUUAAUUUGUACACUUGUCAAGAGUACAGGGAUGCCGCGGAGCUGGAGUUUAAGAAAGCUUUAGAUCUUUUGGCUUAUAUAGAGGAUCCUGAAUUGAGGAACGAUCUGGCGUUGAAGGUUUGGUGCGGCGCUAUUCUAAGGGAUUCCUGGGACGAAACUGAUUUGGAUUGCCCGAUGGAGAUUCUGCAGCACAAAUUGAUGUUCAAAACGGCGGAUCUGGCACUCGUCUUAGGUUCAGAUCCACAGAACUUACUGCCGCCGCUUGAUAUGUUGAUAGAUGAUCCUAGUUUAGUGAACUUGAAGAAUAACAAAAAUUUCCAAUUCCUUAUUAAGGCUGGAUACGAAUUGAUAAAUAGAAUUAUGAUUAAAAUGUAA